AUGGCUGACGAAAGACUAGUGGUUUUGAAUCGUAGUGACAAUUUAGGAUUUGGAUUCUCUUUGCUUGGCGAAGCCGGUUUGCCACAUAUUAUAUACGAGAUCGAAGAAAAUUCUCCUGCGGCUCGAAGUGGCGAGGUCGAGGCAGGAGACGUUUUGCUCAAGGUUAAUGGGACUGAUGUAAACCGGUUCACUACCCGAGAAGUUUUAAAAUGCUUGCGACUAGCGUCGGAUCCCGUCACUUUGAGACUAAGAAAGGGUUGUAUGGCAGACCCGCAGAUCAAAGCCAGUGUGAGGCGAUACUUGGCCGCGGCGGCGGAACGUCGCUCUAGCGGCGCACGCACCAACCACGACAAAUCGGGAUCGUCACCUCCAUCGAGCAACUCGAAUAGCAACAGUAAUUCAUCCAGCAACUCAUCGAGCAACGGGUCUGGAGUGCAGUCGGGAGACAGUUGUGAGGCACUGGUUGAAGACGAUAAGAAGAGGGAACGAGUCACACCAAAGUUUGAGGCCUACAUGAUGACCGGUGACCUUAUCCUCAACUUGUCCCGAGUUGAACAUCCACACCAUAACCAUCACGCGCCGACACAUCGUACACACUAUCAUAGAUACAAUUCAACACCAGCGUCUCCAAGCGAUAAUCGUUUGUGUGGGCGAGGGGACUUGGCACAGCGGCAUAACUCCUCACCAGACACCGGCGUAGUCGGAGAUCAUGCUAGUAAAAUGUUCAUAUCGCAGCCGGCAUCGCCAGCGGGAGGCGGGAGCGCGAGCGGCGCGGACGUGCAGGCGCGCGCGCACCACGCCGUACGCACCUCGCGCUCUGAAGAUCAUCUACAGUUCCAGAAGGAGUCGUCGCUGAGCGCAGUGGCGGUGGAUAUGGAGGAGGACGUGACGUCAUCGCUCAACACUCUUCUAGACGCUCGACCAGACUCAGCGACCCCCGGACCGAGGUCCGAUUCCGACCCUGAGCGAGACAGGAUCGUGUGGACGUACAACGCGCCGGUGUCGAGCGCGUCGGAGCGCGCGUGCAACGGGUCGGGCGCGAGCGGCGUCACGUCCAACUCGACGUCCAUCUCGGACGGCAUGUCGCAGCGCUCGUCGUCGCCCGCCUCGCCCACGUCCGCCUCCUCGUCCGUCAUGUCGAGCCGCGCCACGCCGCCGCACCGCCACAUGCCCGCGCCGCACCCGCACCGCCCGCUCAAUGGUGACAUGAGCCUAUCAGAAGCUGUAUCAAAUAUAUCGAGUCCUGACUAUCAGGACCAAGACGAUAUGUUUGAAACAGGCCGCGAAUGCCCUCGAAUGGAACUGUCGGACCCCUCCGACUCAGAUUCUACAAUUCUAGUCUCGGAGCCAUGUCACAAACGAGCGAAAUCCAACUCGACAUAUUCAAACGAACACGGUAGUGACGUCACUCUAAACGGAGACCAUAACAACGAAUAUAGAAUAGUGAUACAAGUUAAAGGCCCCGAUAAACAGAACGCAAAUGCAACGGAAAAUGUAAAUAAUAAUAACAAUAGUAAUUAUACGCAGAACGGAAAGGAGAAUGGACAUAAUUCACCUGAGAACCAAGGAUAUCAGGAACUAUGUAGCGGUUCCGAUGGCGGUUCAGACGAAGGAUCUGACGGAGACUCCUUACAUUCUUUCCACUACAGUCCCAAGGCCGUUGAUAUUCCUUCCGCGGAGAGAUUAGCAAAACGAUUGUACCAUCUCGACGGCUUCAAGAAAUCCGAUGUCUCACGGCAUUUAAGUAAAAACAAUGAAUUCUCUCGUGCAGUUGCAGAAGAAUAUGUGAAACACUUCGACUUCAAGUCUGACACACUAGAUGUUGCAUUACGAACGUUCCUCUCGAGGUUCGCGCUUAGUGGUGAGACACAAGAACGAGAAAGAGUGCUCGUGCAUUUUUCAAGGAGAUAUCUAGAAUGCAACCCUGGAUCUUUUAAUUCUCAAGACGCGGUUCACACGCUGACGUGCGCCAUCAUGUUGCUGAACACGGACCUGCACGGCUGCGGGGGCGGCGCCGCCUUCCGCCGCAUGUCCUGCGCUGAGUUCAUCGACAACCUCGCCGACCUCAACGACGGCGACAACUUCCCGCGCGACACGCUCAAGAACCUCUACCACGCCAUACGGACGCAGCCGCUCCAGUGGGCACUCGACACAGACACAACUGCUGCAGGCGGAGGAGAGUCUCGCGCCGCAGUGGGAAGCAACCCCUUCCUAGACGUGCCGGACCAGAGUCGCGCCGUUGAAUAUAAGAAAGGCUACGUCAUGCGAAAGUGUUGUGUCGAUCCCAACGGGAAAAAGACUCCAUUCGGCCGACGAGGUUGGAAAAUGUUCUACUGUACGCUUCGAGACUUAGUUCUAUACUUACAUAAAGAUGAACACGGUUUUAGACGUAGCCAAAUGUCUGAUAACAUACACAACGCUAUUAGAAUACACCAUGCGUUAGCUACGAAAGCGACCGACUACACAAAAAAACAGCAUGUCUUCAGAUUACAAACUGCUGACCAGGCCGAAUACUUAUUCCAAACAAGUGACUCGAAGGAGCUAUGCACGUGGGUGGAGACCAUCAAUUUCGUGUGCGCGGCGUACUCGUGCGCGCCGCUGGCGAGCGCCGUGGGGUCGCAGCGCAAGUUCCAGCGCCCGCUGCUGCCCUGCACGCACACCAAGCUCUCUAUGCGAGACCAGUUGGCGGAGCACGAGGAGCGGUCGGAGCGGCUGGAGGAGGAGCUGGCCGCGCUGCGCCACGCGCGCGACAACACGCCGCACGCGCGGGACAAGGAGCACUACCUGGCCUACGAGAUAAAGCGGUACCGCACGUACGCGCUGGUGAUGCGCGCGCGCGCGUGCGGCGGCGGCGCGGACGCGCCCGCGCUGCCCGAGCGCGCGCCGCCCCCCGCGCCCCGCGCCGCGCCGCCCUGA